GUUUUGAUGACGUCAAAUUAUCCUUUUCCGCUCUUGCUCGAGGCAGUAAACAUGGCGAACGGCUAAUUGAGUCGUUGAAUGCAUUCAUUCCUGAAGGGUUUGGAUUUCGCUUUCAGAGCUUAAACAGUACACUUUACUUCACUUUUGGUAGGCAGAGGGUGAAAGAGACACAUCGGCACGAUGGGGAGACGUUCAACCUCCUCCACCAAGAGUGGGAAGUUUAUGAACCCCACCGACCAGGCCAGAAAGGAGGCCAGGAAGAGGGAAUUAAAAAAGAACAAGAAGCAGAGAAUGAUGGUGCGAGCAGCAGUGCUGAAGAUGAAGGACCCCAGACAGAUCAUCAGAGACAUGGAGAAGCUUGAUGAGAUGGAGUUCAACCCAGUUCAGCAGCCCUUGCUGAAUGAGAAAGUGUUGAGGGACAAGAGGAAGAAGUUACGUGAGACGUUUGAGCGCAUUGUCCGUCUCUAUGAAAGAGAGAACCCAGACACCUACAAAGAGCUGCGUAAACUGGAAUUGGACUAUGAGACCAAACGAGGACAGCUGGCUCUCUAUUUUGACUCCGUCAAGAAUGCAGAGUCAGUGGAGGUUGACAGUAUUCCUUUACCAGAUAUGCCCCACGCCCCCUCAAAUAUCCACAUCCAGGACAUCCCUUUACCAGGGGCUCAGCCCCCCUCCAUACUGAAGAAGACCACCUCUUUCGGUAAAGGAAUUCUGCCAUCAUCCACUGGACCGGUUUUGGCAACAGUGCCAGGUGUACCACGUUUACCUCCAGGAAAGAAGCCUCCUGGGCCCCCACCUGGGCCCCCACCGCCACAGGUCCUAGCACUGUAUGGUAUUCCUGCCCGACGAAGUUAUGGCACAGACAGGGAGCCCUCUAUUCCUGGUUUUGAAAAGGACACUGCCAUGGAGUUGGGAAGAGAUCGGGACAGUGGCAGUGAGAGCGACAGAAAUCAGGAUGAUGUGGACGACGAUGAAAGUGACUCUGAAGAGGACAGUGAAGAAGAGAGGGAUGAAGGCAGAGACAGUGACCAGAGAAUGAGUGUUGACAGGCAGGAGGAUGGGAGGGAAAGAGAAGAGGAUAGGGAGAUGAAUGAAAGACAUGCUGGUCGCAGUGUACGUUUUGCGGAUAUGCCUGCAGAGCCACCUCGUGAAGGAAAGAGGAAGAAAAAGAGGAUGGUUAAGAGAACCAAGGCCAUAACCCCUCUUCAGGCCAUGAUGUUAAGGAUGGCAGGUCAGUCAGUUCCUGAAGAGGAGGAAGAAGAAGAGGUGGAGGAAGAAUAUACAGAUGAAUCAGACAGUUCAGACAUUGAGGACAGGGGACCGCCAGGGGACAACCAGCCUCAACUUAUGUCCAAUCAGCGUCUGCCCCCUCCUGCUGGGCCAGUGGGACAGCAAGUGCCUCCACACUUGCAAGGUCCACCAAUGGCUGGGCCUCCACCGCUGGGUCCACCCCCAGCUCCUCCGAUGAGGCCUCCUGGUCCGCCAUCUGGCCCACCUCCUGGCCCACCACCAGGUGCUCCUCCAUUCUUGAGGCCUCCUGGAAUGCCUGGAGGCUUGAGGGGUCCAAUGCCUCGUCUUCUACCUCCUGGACCCCCACCAGGUCGGCCUCCUGGCCCUCCACCAGGUCCCCCUCCCGGCCUACCGCCAGGCCCACCACCACGAGGCCCCCCUCCCAGACUACCACCUCCGGCACCGCCAGGUAUCCCACCUCCUCCCCCGAGAGCAGGACCCCCUCGUCCACUUGCCCCACCCCUCUCCCUCUUUCCUCCACCUCUCAACUCCAACGUGCUCAGUGCUCCUCCCAAUAUUGUCCAGCGGCAAAAAGGCUCAGGAUCCAACCAGGAUGGGUCACAGAGCAACCUGCCACCUCCUACCAUGCCCAUGCGACCGGGUGUCAUGCAAAUGCCUCCUCCCCCAGGGACAGCUGCCGCCCCUACAGGCACCAAUCCCGGCGGCAACGCCCCUGGCCACCAUCACGCAGCCACCAUUGAAAAGCGACCAAACAUCACCUCUGUCGCAGCAGGUGGAGGGAGCUUGGCUGCAGGUGCCGGCUCUGGCGGGGCUACAAUCUCUGCCAAACCUCAGAUCAUCAAUCCAAAGGCGGAGGUCACCCGUUUUGUGCCCACGGCACUGAGGGUGCGUAGGGACAAGAGCAGUGUGAUGCCUGGGGCAACAGCUGGGCCUCUGGAGAAAGUAGGGGGUGGUGUUGGAGGAAGGAGAGGAGAUGAAGGCAUGGGAGGUGGACAGGGGAAACAGCAGGCAACAGCUGCUCAGAUGGGCUUUGUCAACCCAGCCCAAAUGGGUGCUGUGUCUCAGCCCAGCAUGAAGACUAAGGACCAGGUGUAUGAAGCCUUUAUGAGGGAGAUGGAGGGACUCCUCUGAGACUUGACAGGACAAUGCGGCAUAUGUUCAGUGGGGAAUAUUUGUUUUCUGUGUUUCUUUGUGCGGAGUUAUAGAGGUAGCUGUCUUCAAGGCACUAAGCUAGAUCUCCUUUAAAACCAAGGAAAGAGUGCUACACUGUCAGCACAGGUCUCAGCAGGCUCACAUUCAUUUCAUCUGGACUAUUAGUUGACACAUCAGAGAAUGUGAGUGUGAAUUACAUAAGAAAUUUGAUUAUGUAUGUAAUUUGAAACAUUUAGAUUGGUUUCUAUGUUACUACUUGACUUAAAAGAACAUUUUUCCACAGGAAAAAAAAAAUUGCCAGAGGCUAUCAAGUGCUCUGUGUCUCAAGUAUGUUGUUAUUUUUUCCUACAACUGUGUUUUUCUCCAGCCAGCUAUUUGUGACUUGCCAUGACCAGAAACAGCAUCUUGUGUAAUUUUAUGGCUGACUAUUUUAUUUGUGAUCUUCGAAACAUGUUGGACAUCUAAAAUAAAGUUGUGGAAUGUUUGUCUGACUGACAGAACACGUCUAAAGCAGUUUGCUGCAACUAAAUAAACACAUCCACUAAUUUCC